AUGGCAGAGGUCGGUAUCGCUGCAAGCGUUGCGGGCUUACUCUCGCUCGCGGAAAUUGUUGUGACUAGGGGAUACAAAUUUAUCAAGGCUGUGAAGGAUGCCAAUACAUCAGUUAAGACCCUGGUGAUGGAGGUCCAACGCGCUCUCGGGCGUGCUUGAUAGCCUCAACAAUACAGCUCAGCUGCUGGACGAGGAUGAAGAAAGCGCCAGUUUCGACCCUACAACUCAAGUGCAUUACAUCGAAGCAUGCUGCCAAAGUCUAUUAAAGAUACAAGAGAAUCUUUUGGUUGCAAUGCCGCCUUCUCCGAUGAAAGUUCGCCAUAAAAUCUGUUGGCCACUGAAACAAUCGCAAACCGAGGAAUUAUUGAAAGAGAUGGAACGACAUAAAUCUACAAUGUCAAUGGCUAUUAGUGCAACAAAAAUGUAA